GCGUGGUCUGGGAGCUUCUCCUCAAGUUUAGCGCCCAGGAACUCCUCGACCUUCAGUUGGUGGACGUUGCCAUCUCUUCAUCAACGCAGACAGGCUCUCGGCUCUUGUGGAGGGUGCUGCGAGGAGGAGAGAGGACCCCAUCCCUCCGGUGAGCUCCUGCAAGACGCGACGAGACAACGACGAGCUCAUCGAAAAGCUGCUCACCACUCCGAGCGUGCGAGAGGUGGAGAGCCGGCGAAUGGGCACCGAGAUCUACGAACUCCUCAACACCAAGUCGGUGAUGGAGCAGAGACAGCUGGAAAAAUUCCAGAGUGCCGGCGGGUCGCAGCUGCAGGAGUUUUGCUCUCACAAGACGCGAGACAGCUGCCGACGGGCGCGCGGGACUCACCGAGCCUGCGGGAAGCUCCACUUCAGGAAGAUAAUCCAACAGCACACAGAUGAGAACCUCGGGGACUGUUCCUUCCUCAACACCUGUUUCCACACCGACACGUGCAAGUUUGUUCACUAUGAGAUCGACACCCAGCGAGAGGUGGAUACCUCGUCCCAGAGACAGAGCAACAAGAAUAAACCUUCUUCUGGUGUCGUGAGCUCACACAAGCUGAUACCAGCUCAGUGGGUGAACUGCGACAUAAGAAUCCUGGACAUGAGCUGUCUCGGAAAGUUCUCUGUCAUCAUGGCUGACCCUCCGUGGGACAUUCACAUGGAACUACCAUAUGGGACAAUGGGAGAUGAUGAGAUGAGACAGUUGAAUGUGCCAGCUCUUCAAGACGAUGGCUACAUAUUCUUAUGGGUCACAGGCCGGGCCAUGGAGCUAGCGCGAGAGUGUCUGACUCUGUGGGGGUACGAGAGAGUGGACGAACUGAUCUGGGUCAAGACCAACCAGCUGCAGAGAUUGAUCAGGACGGGGAGGACCGGUCACUGGCUGAACCACGGGAAGGAACACUGUCUGGUGGGCGUCAAGGGAAACCUUCCUGUGAACCGAGGGAUAGAUGUUGAUGUGGUGGUGGCUGAAGUCAGGGAGACGAGUCGCAAACCUGAUGAGGUAUAUGGCAUAAUAGAGAGACUGUCUCCAGGAACUCUGAAGGUAGAGCUGUUUGGAAGGGAGCACAACUGUCAGCCCAACUGGCUGACCGUGGGCAACCAACUGCAGGGAGUUCAUCUGGUGGAAGAAGACAGGGCCGAAAAAUUCUUGGCUCGCUACCCAAACGGAGAGCAGGACCUGUUUGCCAGGAAGAUAGUCCCAUCUCCUGCCCCUCUCCUUCCUCCUCGAUGAGUGGCCACGACUGAUAGGAUAGCUAUAUACCUUUCGUCUCUCUCUUUCAAUAAUGACUCUUAGAGUACGGCUGUAUUUCAAAUCUGAUUGUGUCAACUAGGAGAAAGCUAGUCUACGUAGUUUCCUGUGUACGAUGAGGAUGAGCAGUAAUACUGAGGAAUA